UUUUUUUUUUUUAUUUUUUAUUUUUUUUGAAAAGAACCUUUUCCUCCCCUUCUUUAAUCACUUGAUAACCAGUGACCUCAAUCCAAAUCAUUGUUCUCAACUCUCGAAAGGAAUUCUGAUCUAGCAAAUCAUUCAAUUAAAUCACACUUGAUACUGUCCCUGUGUACCUUUUUUUUCCCUUACCGUUUCUAUAUUAAAGUCGAUAAUUUGAUUUAUUUGAGGUUGAUUAUUUUUUUUUUUUUAAAAAAAAAAGAAGGCCCUAAAUGCGUGAAUACAAGCUGGUUGUCCUCGGUUCCGGAGGCGUUGGAAAAUCGGCAUUGACAGUGCAGUUCGUACAAUCCGUGUUUGUAGACCGGUAUGACCCGACCAUUGAAGAUUCUUAUCGGAAACAGGUCGAGGUGGAUGGACACCAAUGUAUGCUCGAGAUUCUGGACACUGCCGGCACGGAACAAUUCACAGCAAUGCGGGACCUCUACAUGAAGAAUGGACAAGGCUUUAUUUUGGUCUUCUCUAUCAUUUUAGCAUCGACCUUUGAUGAGCUGGCAGACUUGCAUCGACAGAUCCUUCGGGUCAAGGACGUUGAAAAUGUGCCAAUCGUCCUUGUAGGAAACAAAUGUGACCUGGAGGCUGAUCGCAAGGUCGAAAGGUGGAGGGGUGAAGAAUUAUCAAAGAGCUGGGGAUGCAUACCAUUCUAUGAGACUUCAGCUCGAAACAGGAUAAACGUAGAUGAGGUGUUUUAUGACCUCGUCCGAAGUAUCAACAGCCAAAAUCCAAUGAAAGGGGACAAAUCCAAGAAAGGAUCGAAGAAAUGCAAAAUUCUUUGAUGCUAUUGUUCCAAUCAACAUCCCACAACCCCCAAUCCUUUUUUUUCCUCUUUGACGAAAUAAUGAGAAGGCGUAACGGUGCGUCUGCAUGACCAAGGACAACUUUGCACCUGAACAUUUUUCUUCCCCCCACCUCCUUCCGCCUAGCCCAUGCACUCGUUGUCAUAG